AUGAGCAAAGCUUUUGAUAGCAUCAACAGGAGCAAACUACUUAUCGUGUUAAAGAACAUUAUAGAUGAAGACAGUCUACGGAUGAUACAUAUGCUAUUAUCGGAAACUCAACUUCUUGUCAGAAUUGGCCCUAAAGAAUCUAGACUAUUUCCUACAAAUGUUGGAACCCCACAAGGGGACACACUAUCGCCUAUAUUAUUUAUCAUCUAUCUGGAGGCAGCUCUGAGAAACUUAAGAGCAGAAAUUGGAUAUAUGGACAACCAAGUUGUGGAACUCAUAUACGCGGACGAUCUUGAUUUUAUUACGGAGAAUCCGAAAUUAAUAGAAAUUAUUAUGGAGAAAGCAAAAACAAUUCUCGAUAAAUGGUCACUCAAAGUCAACGAAGAGAAAACCGAAAUAACCACCGUCGAACGUAUGCCAACUCGCAUAGAUGAGAAGUGGCGAAACGUCCGAAAACUCGGAUCUCUUCUUGGCGAUUCUGAAGAUAUCACCAGACGAAAAAUACUAUCAACAAUUGCACUUAAAAAACUCCAAUCUAUAUGGAUGAGAAAAAAACAAAUUUUGACUAAGAUGCGUCUACGAUUAUAUGAUGCAUUUGUCCGACCUGUCCUCAUGUACAACGCAGGUACUUGGGGAACAUCAAAGAAAAACAUGGAGCAACUUGACACUUUCCACAGGGGUCAACUGAGAAAACUCCUCGGCUAUUCGUGGCCGAAGAAAAUAUCAAAUGAUAAAUUAUACAGGUCAGCUAACUGUGGGCCUAUAAGUCUAAAUGUACUUGAAACCCGCUGGCGCUUGUUUGGACAUAUUUUACGAAUGAAAAAAGAAACACCUUGCAAUAUGGUCAUGGAAGAAUUUUUCGACCAUACUGAAUACUCUAAAUAUAGAGGACGCCCAAGAGACUGUCUCCCGGGAAUACUCACGAAGGAAUAUGCUAUGAUCGGAGGCCGAUUGAUGGAUGCAAACAAUCUGGACGAAAUCAGAAAGAGGGCAAGACGAAGGAAGGGAUGGAAGGAACUAACGACAAGAAUAGUUAAAAACAUGGCACAAGCGAAACCAUAA